AUGUCGUUUGAGCAGAAGGUCCUGGAGCUUAACAGGAGCUCCUCCCUGGACCUUUGGGGAAUACGGAUUUGCACAGCAAAUGAUUUUCGAUUCAGCGUGCUGUUUGCUAUCAUCACGUCGUAUUUUUCCACAUUGGCUUUGCGCGGUCAUCAUCAUGACGUCUACUGGAAUUCAUCAAAUCCAAUAUUUGAACCAUUUGACAACGCGAUUGACUCACCCGGUUACUACGAGUUGGUAGCGAGACCGCUUGACAUUGUUCGAUUUCACUGUCCACGAAGGAAAGCCAAAGAGUACAGCCUUAUUUACAAG